AUGGGUACUCCAGCGUAUCGCCGUGGUAGUUUAACGGGGUCCGUGCCUCCGCCCCCACGUAGUCGAUAUUCCCUGCAAUCCCAGCCAGCAAUGGGCAUAGCAACAGCACCAACACUGUCAACAAAUGGCGUAAGACAAUACCCGCAUUAUCAAACCGUUCGCAGAAAUCCGGUGUUGCCGUCUUGUACAGAUAACGGCGAUUCCCAUCAUCGUUACCGCCGGUAUCAACCUUCCACAUAUCAUCCCGGCUACGCGGCUUCUUUAGGUAAUGGGUCGCAUCAUUAUGGCAAUGGUCUGUAUAUUAGUAGUAAUGAUACUCUUGUUAGUUCUAAUGGUACAUAUAUGAGUGGUAAUAGUAAUUAUAAUCAUACGAAUAGUAGUAGUAGUGGUAGUGGUGCUAGUACAGCUGUUGCGUGUGAACGGCUUCCACCUGCGACGAUGACUCGUGGAUCACAACGAUCGUAUGCUGUGCAUGGACGUAGCCAUCGGAAUGCUGUUGAAAGUGUUGGUCCUCAAUCUAGACAAACAGCCAUGCAACCAUUACCCUCACCAUACAUGACAAAUCAUUCUUCUGCUAGUACUACGAAUACUACAACAAAUACGUCAUUAACUUCCCCAUCACCACUCUCUAAUGCUCUUGGAGGUCGUGUGAUGCCAAUCCCACUUCGAAACUUUGGAAAUACAUGUUAUCUAAAUGCAACCAUGCAAUGUGCUGUACAUACUCCCUGGUUCCUUUCUAGUUUAGCAAAAUCCCAUGUGGAGGCAAGACGGCAACCAGGAACGGCUGCUUUAUUAGAACUUGGUACAAUGAAUACAUCAAAUCCCGGGCAAUUGCUUCUCACUAUUAAGAAUGAAGCAGCGAAACGGAAUGAUGAAUUUGCCGAUAAUGGACAAUCCGACGCCCACGAAUUCUUACGUACCUUUUUAUACAUUGUCCAUGGUGAAAACAAUCGUGGCUCUGGUGAGAAUACACCAUAUGAGGAAUUGAAGGAUAUUGAGAAUGAGGAUGAAACAACAGCUAUGCAGCGCUGGUGUGAUCACUUACUCCGUGUAGACAACUCCGUCGUGUAUGAUCUCUUUGGUGGUGUAAUGCGAUCCAAGUGUGUGUGUGAUGCUUGUGGGAAAAUGUCCCUCACAUUUGAUCCAUUUCUUGAUCUCUCACUUCCAAUGAUGUCUUCUUCCUCCUCCUCUGCAGCAGCAGCGACGAUGGUCUCUUCCUUUUCAUCUUCAUCCAAGAAACCUAUUUCUAUUGAAUCCCUGCUUGGGGCGAACUUCAAUGAUGUGAAGGAGAAACUGCGGGGUGGAAAUCAACUCCUCUGCACACGCUGCAAACGACUUCGCAAUGGGACCCGCAGUGUGAAGGUCACUCAGUGGCCAAAGAUAUUAGUAUUACAACUCAAGCGGUUUGAUCACACCGGCCGUAAGAAUGGCGCGACGGUGGCGUAUCCGGAAUCCUUCACAACAUGCGGGGAAAAUGCGAAGCGGUAUCAACUCUACGGUGUUGUCUGUCAUCACGGUACAGAGAGUUGGGGACACUACACCAGUUAUGUUUGUCUAUACAACACAGGUGAAUGGUUUCUCUGCAAUGAUGCGACAAUUACCCCAACAAGUGUGAGAAAAGCCAUGGAUGCACUCUCACAGGCGUAUAUUAUAUUUUACGCAGAGAAAACGUAG